AUUCGAAAAAGACACUCCUACGCGCAGCACGCGUCAGUGAACGUUCGUUCUUGGUUUAACCUUUUAUCAUCUCAGUGGUUGAGUAUUUCCCUUUAGCUUCACUCAUCCAUGUUACUUAUCAACGUUCUCUUCCUUUUCCCUUCCUCUUAUCGUAAGAAGAUAUCGGCCAUCUUCUCUAACGUCUGCGGUAGACGCUAUAUGCGAGGGAGAAGUAAAACGUGAUUAUCGUGAAUAUCGAGCGUUAAAGUGACUUAAUAUUAAACAGAGAGAAAGGUGAAAGUUAGCAAGCACGAUUCUUCUCGAAGGAAGGAUCUGGCUGCGCCAGGUAUCACGGAAUCUGCGACGGCGACAUCGGCGUUUUCCUCGAUACUAAACGAGCCAAUGGGUAUCGUCUCCUCGACUUUCGCCUCCUUGGCGAUUCAAUUCGCCUGGAACUGUCAAAGACUUCUCGAUCCGCAAUACAGCUGCGUCGAAGGCAAGAAGAACUCUGACCUGUCACCAGCAUCCUUGAGCGCACCGUUGUCAUCGUCUAGACCUGUCAUGACGAAGACCAGCUCGUUAUCCAAACCUGAGAACAAUAAUUCAGCUCAUCAGGAAAAUCGCAACAGACGCGCCGUUCAGACGAAGCACAGACGACGCCCUUCGAGUUUUGAUACGGCUUUGAUAGCGAAUAGAGCUGAGAAUUGCGUCAGUUUGCAUGGAAAUGGUUUUGCGACGACUUUCAGUCCUCCUAGGAGGCAAAGGAUUCAUGCUUGGGACAUUACUUCCUCUUCCGGAUGCUCUUCGGACUCGAGCUCUGAUCUUGAUUCGGAUUCUGAUGGAGAUUUCAGACUCCACGAAUUCUAUCCUGAGGAUAAUUGCGACGAGCGACAGUCCGACGAGGCAUUUACAAUAACACCAGCGGAACAAGUAGCUUUUCGUUUAACCGUAGGCAGGGGAUACUUCAGUCGUUCGAAGAAAGAUAGAUUUUUGAAUCAUCUCAGGCUGGAGAAGAGACUCAAUGACUUGAGUAAUCCAUUCUUUGAAAUGUCCUAUAGAGGUCACGGCCGUGCACUCCAGAGGCGUCAUUCUGGUGAUCUUUAUAGGAUCGUUUAAAUUUAUUAGAUUUUGAUAAGAUGCGUGAAGAAUUGAUAUUUAUUUUGUUGAGGAUAUAUAUGUAUAGUGCCUUUGAUAACUUUUGAUUCUGAAGUUUUUAUAUUUCUGAGAUCAUUGGCUCUGUUGGAUCCUCAACGUAGAAUAACUAUAUGUUUUCAAGUGGUUAAAUCUUCCUCGAUCCUCAGAUCUUUAGGAUCGACGAGGAUUGUCUUAUCGUUUUUGAAACUACCGUUAACGGAAAAUGGUCUUAUCCCAAGACUUAUACGUGCAUGUAAGUCUGGGGAUGACGACAAUCAAAAUUACUCAAAGACUGAUGAUUCGUUUUAAGGAUCUUAACCUAGAGCCGGCCCCUUCAAAGUGUCUCGAAGGAUUAAUUAGUAUAUAUGUAUAUAUAGAAACUCGCUGUAUAAUUUUUUCUCAUUUUUUGCAAAUGAUUACCUUUUUUGACUUAAUCGCCUAUAUUGUCCUUGUAUUUGGAGCAUUCUCGAAUGUAUGAUAAAACAGGGUAAACUUUAUUGACGCUACUUAAUUCAAAGAUAAAUUAAAAAAAAAAUACUACAAAGUAUUAUUUGCUCUAGAACACACGUCAAAUAUUUUAAUUAUCGCAAAUUUCAAAUUGUUAAUACAAACUGAUCACGCGUUACUGAUUAAACGUAUACUUGUGAACAAAUCUGUGAUUCAAGUUUAAUUUGAAUUAAAAAGGAAUUCCAGUUUUCAUUAGAAUUUAAGGUCAACGAUAGAUCGCGUAAGGACAAUUGCAUUGUAAAAUUUGAAAUCUUCAAACAUGAUAUCAAGAAUAUAUAGAAAAGUGCCUUGAAUACAUUUGUUACGUGUACUUGACUUUUAGUCUCACAUGAUAAUUGUACUUUACGUUUUUUUUACCAAAAUGCAAGCAAUAACUCAGUACUCUGUGUCGAAUAAAUUGUCGAAUGUCUUUGCUCUGUUUCAACCGUAGAUUAAUCUGUGUUAAGUGCGUAUACUGUAGCCAGGUAAUAUUACUAUUGUUUCUCUAAAGAAAAGAAAAUAAGUAAAAGAAACAAGUCACUAAAAUCUCCUUUUACUUCCUAAUUACUUUGCUAAAUGAUUUCUCUUCUGUUCCUCAUUUGGUCCUCCCGCUCACUCUCAUUUUCUCUUCCUGAUUUAAAUUCUCCACUAAUAGAACUUUCCACUAUAAAAAUUCUACCUCGAAAAUAUGUUUUGGUCUUCAGCUAAAUUAUACUAUUAUUCAGAUUUUCUCCUUUUUCCAUAAUUUAUCUUAUAUCCUAAGCUGAUACGAUUUAUUUUAUCAGUAUUUUAAAUCGACUGGAGAUUCGUUCUUUAUCUGAAUCCUAAUUUCUUUUAUUUUUUAAUAUUCAGAAAAGAAAUUAUAAGUAAGAUGAGUAGGGAGAUUGCCAAUGAGCCAAUUUUCAUGGCUCAAGUUUUAUUUUGGCGUCGACGCGCCACCUGAGCGGUGGACCCUCGAACCAGUCUCACGUUUUUGCAUAUAUGCGGUUUUGAUUGGCUGAGUAUACAUAUAUAGCAAUAUUACUCAUGAUUUUGUGAGCUCCGUGAGACGCAUGAAUGUAUAGCGGGUGGCACUUUGUGCGUAUUUUGGUGUCGACAACGUGGGUAAUAACGGAAAUAUGUUUCCCGACUUUUUUUACCAUAGUGACUGAACAGCACACGUGCAUGAUGCUCCGGUUUCGAGAAUUGGUCAUUACUUUUUUUUUUUAUAUUGAAUCGCUCACUAUGCGUAGUGGUUUUAUUAUUGCCUUAGGAUUGAAUAAAUACAUGAUUAUAUUUCA